CUCUACAUGAAAGCACAUAGCAUACUGAGCACUAGUAUGGGAAACAUAUGUGUGCAUAAUACUAGGUUUCUUACUGUUUCAGAUACCUGACGAUGAGCAAACUUUUAAAAUGGAAAAUCAGAAUGAAGAUACAGCCUCUGACAACGAUGUGUCUAGUUCUCUGGGUUUAGCAAUGGCCAGGAUUGUUGCCAAGCUAAUGGAUAAAUACAACUCUUCCCUUGCCUUCUUCAGGGAUGACAUGCUGUUUUGGAAUUGGGCAAGAGAGGAAUCUAAUGAGCCAAUUUUGCAGGCUAUAGGCACCAACACCGAAGCCUUUGCCAGUAAAAAAAAGCCUGGCAUGGACAAAUCAACACUUUUUAAUGCUGGUCAGGGUGACUGUAUGCCUGAGCACCCUAUAGACGAUAUCUCUAACGCUUGGCCUGGCGAGGGCCCACAUGUGGAGCACCCAAUGAGCUUGGAAUUUGGUGAAAUAGAUGACAGGCCUUUCUUGGGCAGUGGCAAUGACUAUCUAACAAUGGGUGACUUCAUGAUUCCAGCCGAUGAUGGUGAUGAGUACUGGGGGAGGGGUUUUGACCCUACUCAACAGUUUGACUUCCUAGACUCUGAUGAAGAUAUGAUAACAGCUGAAGAACCUACAGCAAAAUGCUCUGCUCCCUUGCCUCCUAUCGGCACAAGAAGAAAAAGGACUCAAAUGGAGACGACAGUUACUAUGUCUGAACCCGAAGAGAACUUUGGUAACACCCCAGGAGACACUUGGCAUCCAACAUGGAUUGAAAAUCUUCCCAGAGCGUGCCCUGAUGCUGAAGUUUCCCCAAUUUUUUUAGACAUAAGUCGUAAAGUAGCAAAUUCUUUCAAUGGGACAGGAGCACGGCCCAAGGAAAGACCAAUGAAUUUUAGCAGUGGUAGUCAUGGAACCUCUUCUGACAGCAGCUUCAAUCUUACCGGGAACACGUUCGAGAACUCUUCACUAACAGCAAUGUUCCCUUCUAUUCGCAUAAGAUCACAGGAUGAACUAGAUGCUGCUCAAUGGCCAUGGAAGCUCAAUAGUAAUGGAGAACUGACUACCGUUGGGCCCUGGUUACCACUUCAAGUUGGAAGCGAGCUGUCUUCUUUUCCAGUAGUGCGCAGUGGUUACCUUGACGCACUUCGGAAGGAGCUUGAGGGAGAAAUUGAUGAACUUCUCUUCAAUCUGUUUGAGAUAACACAACCUUGGGUACUCAGCUUCUCUGCUUGGAUGAUUCAUGUGCUAGUCAUACAGUGGUGCUCUGAAAGUGGCUUAUGCACAUCAUUUAGUGCAAGGGUUGGCAAUCUUUUGAGGCAAGGGCCAAUUUUCAUGAAGCCGACACAGUGGGUGUCUGGAUGACAAAUCGGGAGGGGGGGGAAGGAAAGCUUUACAGGCAAACGGAAAAAGUGCAGCAAACUGACAAAUACAAAACUGAAUUAGAAAUCUCAUUUAUUUUCAGCAAGGCAUGUCCAAAGUUGUAAUCAGACAUAAGUAACAAGACUGCCAUGUCAGCUUUUAGAUGGUGAGGAACAAGGGAAGGGGUUCAAGAUCGUGCUGUGGGCCAUAUAAUACUGCCCUGCAGGCUGCCAACCU